UGUCGUGCAUCACGAUAAAAGUUUCCCAUCCUACACCAACAUUUGCCAUCUGCAAAGCUGAACUGGACUCUCUCAGGUGAGUACAUGACGAGUGUUGGGACGUCGGGGGGUAUCAGGGAUGUUCCCCAACCUGAAAGACUCCUUAUUCCCUCCCCUUAACUUCAUAAUCAUCAUCUUGUAGCUUGCACAUGAAGUUGGCUUUGGCAUUUGGCCGUCUCUGCCUCUAUGUGAGUUUCUGGCAAGAAUCAAGCUUGGGAGCGGGGCAGUUGGCGUGAGCUUGUCUCGUUCUGAUCAAUGCCAUUUGAAAGCUACUGGGCAGCUACCGGGCAGCUAGCGCGUGGCUGAGUGAGUGUUGACCGCACUUGCAACCACCAAGCAACACCUCUCAGGCGAUCCUGCCAAACCAUCUUGGUGAGGACGACAAGGGACAACGUCAAGUGGUCUUAAGUCGUGUGCGCUCUUGCCAACUCUGUGGUCUCCCCCUACAUCUACUACUCGAAUUCUUCUUCAUACUCUCCCAACAUUCACUCAGUUUUAUCACUUUGUCUCGUGAACUUCCCAGCUCGUCAUAGCUAUUGUGCUCUAAGAAAGAGGAGGGGUAGAGAGCUGACUAACAAGGUAGACCACCUCUAGCCGAGUAAUCCCAGCACACCAACUUGAUAAUCGUCAUCGGCGGCUAUUACCUCCGACAGAGCUUCGAUGGCGACCCUUGUCGACGUCAACUCCACCGCACCCGCCGACAAGAUGGCUCCCUCGACGCUCGACCUGUUCAUGUUGACGUUCAAUUGCGCCAAGAACUUUAUCGACACUCACGUCUUUGCGUCAAACCUCCACACAGCUUUCAAGCAGAGCGCCUCUCCCCUCCCAGAGGUUGUUGUCUUCUCCUUACAAGAAUUCGCGCCGUUAUCGUACUCUUUCAUCGGCGGCUACUUUCUCAGCCCGUACCUCACGCGCUUCGAGGAAGCCCUGAACCUCGCUGCGACCAGAUACACCAACGAAAGUCCCACCUCGGACGCCGACAGUCACGAUGGAGCCGACGAUGAGACGAUACUGGUCAAGCCCACCGCCCCUACACCUGUGCGACCUUACACCUUGAUACGGACUCGUAAUGUCGGUAUGACGGCCAUUAUGCUCUUUGCGCGGAACCCCGAGUCGAUCCUGCGUGUGCAGGAGGCGGAGGUGGGCUUUGGCGCUGCAGAAAUGGGCAACAAGGGCGCAGUGGCGCUCAGAGUCUUGUAUGAGGGCACGACGACCGAAGGUGGAAAAAAGGAGACGGAGCUCACCUUCGUAGCUACGCACCUUGCGGCAAUGGAGUGGAAUCUGCCGAGGCGAAAUGCCAACUGGGCGACCAUCAUGCGUGGCCUGACGUUCGAGAACCCGGAAGAUAUCCUGCAUCCGAAGAAGAACAAGCCAACCACCCCUACACAGGGAGAGGGCCAGGCCGAAGGUGCCAGAGACGAAGCAGUGCACUUGUUGCACGACGAGCAUCAAGCACAAACGCUCGCACUUCAGGAACGACUACAGGAGAUAUCCGUCUUCAAGCCAAGCUCCCAUCUUUUUGUCGGCGGCGACCUCAACUAUCGCAUCUCAACAACGAGCCCGCCGCCAAUGGCGACAUUUCCCAGCCUCGACCCCGAGAGCGAACACCAUUACUCCCGCUUCUUCGCCUUGGAUCAGCUCACGAGAGAACGACAGGCAGGACGCACGUUGCACGGCAUGAGCGAGGCAGAAGUCAAGUUCCCGCCAACCUACAAAUACAACGUCCUGCCCGCGGACGACACCCGCCUGAAGGUUGAUGGUGUGGAGGACGUGCCUUGGGUGUUUGCGCCUCACCGAUACCCCGGCUGGACAGAUCGCAUCUUGUACCUGGACGUCCCUUCGUGGGUCAAGACCAAGCCACAAAAGGUCGACGUCAAGAUCUACGAUGCCAUGCCUGUCGUCCGCAGCUCAGAUCACAGGGCCGUUUUCCUGAGAGCUGCCGUUCCCCUCCUCACCGAGAAGGAGCUGGCCCGCUCAUCGACGGAAGCCCCGACGUCCAAUGCGGUAGAUCCUCGCCUCGUUCUCCCGGUAGCCAUCGACCCCGAGGCCUGGGAGCGACGUGCGGCAGCAAGACGGAAGGAAGUUCUUGUUGGCUGGAGCAUGUUCCUGUGGUCUACUAAGCAGGGGGCUAUGAUACUAGCCACGCUGUUGGCCGUGGGCGCAGGUAUUUGGUGGCUGAGCUGAGCUGCGCUGAGCUAAAGGCUUGAGCCGGCAAUGCAGCAUAGAGGGAGGCGAUUCGCAGUGGAGCUUAAAGAUAUACCCUGGCCUUGUUUGUCGUUUGGAGCUUCAUGUACGUACACGUUAAACGCGAAGGAUUCGGGGAUGGCUCCCAGCGAUGGGCGGGGUUGAAGGAACCGCGAGCGGGUUUUUGGUUUUUUAGAGCGGAGCAUUAGUUACAACGCAUCAUGAACUCGAACUGAACUAUAGAUCCGAUCAAAGAUUUUUCGGUUCUCGUAUAUGAGUACCCUUGACCGAUGUUUGACUGCUAUCCGAUCUUAGUAGCUCAGCCACAAUUGACUUGGUUCAGUAUCUUAUAUCAAUAAGAUCAUGAGCCAAUCAGACCAAGAUGAACGGUCAGCUUCUUUAGUCGAGCGAGCAAGGGAGGUAGGCGCGCCAUGCCAUGGCAUAUCCGGCUGACACGGGGCGCGAGUCAAAGUGUUUCCGACAGAAUGGAAAGGUGCUCGUCUUCGUCAGCGGCGUCGUGGCGUUUCGAGACGGCGUGUGUGCGUGUGUGUGUGUUUCCCAGACCACCGGGACGCGGGUCGAAGACCGGGACUUGAGAUGGGGCUUGCAAGGGUUAUCCCGAGAAUGGUUUAACGGGCAGCUCGAGACGAGGGUUUCUUUUGUUCAGAUUGCAGAGAAGGGAGGGAAGAGAGAGGAAAAGGACAAAAAGGAGUAGAGAAGGGUCCCGGGUUGUUUAUUCACGGUCACUUCCCGGUGGUGGGAGAUGGAAAAGAACUGCUCCGGGCGUUGAUGUUGCUCUCGAGUCUUGCAAGAUCGCAGACCUUUUCUUAGCCGCGCGUCUCCGUGGAAGCCCUCGUCCAUGAAUCUGAGAACUGUAUCCGUUGGAGAACAAACCCGGACUGUGUGACAAUGACUUGUGUUUAAGACUACUUGGAGUUGAACUCUAGCAUGUGAGGCUCGGACAAGACUUGGGUUGGCUUGGCAUCUCGUAACUCGUGACAGGUUCUUGACGAUGCAUUUCUGUCUGCUGAAUCGGUAAUCCAGUAUGGCGUUGCACUCGCAUUCGGCGGCUCGGCCGGAACUCUGCCAAGACAACCACGGCGUGGCAGAGUGCACCUGAACUCGCAAAAAGCUUUCAAAGUUGUGCUUGAUAUCCACUUGGGCUCCGAGUAAAGACCUUGAAAGCCGGGAGUACGCACGGAGCAGAGUCCAAAACAGGUGAGGCUUCUCAGCAGACGUGAGGUUCGUUUGGGCGACGUGUAAAGCGUUAGUUGAUCCGAUAAAUCGCCGGAUCAGGACUGUGAGACCGAAGGCCCCAAUCGAGCGUGAUGGGAAGCUCAUCUCAGCCUUACGCCUACGCCGAACGUCAAAGGACUUUUUCGAAACGCACUAGACUGCUGCAGACAAUCGAGAUCUGGCGUGCGACGAACGCCGCGAUCCUCGGAAGCGAACGGGGCGCGAGCCACCUCGACAAUGAACAUCUUCAUCUCUGUACUCGGGGCUGGAAAUUGGUGCUUAUUUCAGGAACUGCCGGCCGGACGACCUGGAAAACCGGAAGAAAUUUUCACUGAGGAGAGGAGCAGACAGCGGUUCGUUGGGGGCUGAAGUGACAUAACCGUCGGGCCCUCGCCGCACUCAGGCAUGGGCGCGACUCAUGUAAAGGACGUAAAGGAAGCAAGACCCAGGCCAAGCCGCAUGGCGCUGACCAAAGGCUGGUGAGGAUCUCAGUGAUGUGUUUCUGGUUGACUGGUUGCCGGCACACCAAGGUUUCGUGGCC